GGAUAGAGUAUAAGGGUUGGUAUCGUACCAACACGCCCACGCCCUUUUUUCUCUUUGGCAAUGCUUCGGCAAUAUAGACUGCUUCGAGAAAUGGCUCCGGAGCUACAGCUCGAGUAUGUUUCGGUUCUAUUUACUCGUACCAUAUUAGGCCCUCAGGGCGGUUUUGCCGGCGAGGAGCGUCUUAUCAAGCGGGAGGUUGCCCAGAAAUAUUUAGCGGAUAGACACGUGGUCUUCCCUGACGAUGAAUCUCGACGUGGGGUGUGGUGCUACAGCCCCGACACCGAUCAGUACGAUCGUUUUGUGGAGCGAAAUUCGGAAUUUCUUGAUUUUGCCUCCCGAAAACGUCAGUGGUUGGACGUUUAUUGGCGUGUUAAUACCGGUUAUUUGUUAUUUGGACGUCAAUCAUGGGGCCAAGGGUGGCUCCUAAACUGCCCAUUACGUAAAAAAGACAUCGCACAAAAGCUAUGGGAACAAUACAAGGUGCGGAUUGAUCCUCGGUUGGUUGAAUUUCGUGAAAGGGACCGACUCACAGGGAUUCAAGAUUUAGGGCAUAACUGGUGCUGGCUAUACCUUCCCGGAGCUGAAGAGCUCGAUAUUGAUCGAGAGGUAUACGAUAACAAGCGUGUCAAGGUGCGUAUACAUAUUCGUAAGAUGAACAGUUAUGGGGCUCUCUAUUGA